AUGGUGAAUGAGGUUUCUGUAUCGUUAUCGCACGAUCGAUCGGAGUCCAAUCCGACGAUUCACGCCGUGCCCUUUGAAAAUACCGUUGACGCCCCUCUUGCAAUCCGGUCGGGCUCGUUGCCCACAGCCGAUGCGCCAAUAGCCUCCAAUGGCCGAUCUUUAAGCACGAGCGCCGCGUCAGCCGGUCCGAGUAAUGAUCGUGCAUCCGUGCUCAUGUUCUCCCGGCUCGCACCAUCCGUGUCCGUUGGUGACGAAACUCGAACGAUUCGGUCGGAGGGCGCGCCCUCCUUGCGCAGCGUGCCUAGCAUUCUGGUGAAUGAACCAAACUUCCGUCCUAGCUCACGGCCGGGCUCGAGGCCAGGCUCGAGGCCAGGCUCUCGAUGGUCAGAAAGAAAGUGGGGUGGUUUAAGGAAACGGUCACUCGAGAUGGAGAGGAGACUUAGCUUGGAAGAGGCUCCGCCAGUGCCUCAAAUCGAGCACCCUUUCGCUGGUAUUCCCUUAGAAAUACCGACGGCCUCUUUGGGUGGUCUGGAUAAGUCGCUAAAGUUUUCCAAUCGUGGAAGUCUGAUCAAGAGUGAUGCGAAACGUCCGCGCCCAAAAACACCCCAGGAGAAGCUGGAAGAGCAGCCCGAACAACCAGACUCGCCCCACAAAAAUCUAGAAGAAGAGGAGCCUCUUCAGAAACCCUGUCAAGAAUUAGGCCGACCAGCCCAGGAAAUAUCGGAUGUGGAUUGCGAUCCACAGUUGGAUCGACAGACAUCUGAAAGUGCGCCACCCCCUGCCAUUACCAUGAGCAAGCCAGAAGGAGAGAACGGAGCACCGAAAGCAGUUCCACGGCACGUCAAACCUCAAGGCACUCUUCGCCCGAGACAGACUAGUCUUCCCAGCAGAGCAAUCUCGGCUGACGAAGAUAUGUUGUCACGGCGAGUUAGGCUGAUGUAUGAGAAGGGCGAAGAAAAUGUUACCGACUCCGAGGUUGCGAGAGCAAUGGCCUCAGAGAACGGAGUCUUGUGGGAAGAGGGUGCGGUCCCGGAUACUGAAACCUCUGAAACACACUCUGCUCAGACGGAUGAGGCUGGGAAUGAACUCAAACCAAGGACGUCUGGCGAAGUGGAGCGUAUGCGAAUUAAGAGGGAAACACAGGAGCUAGCAGGUGGUGCUGAAUAUUGGCAAAAUGUCGGUGCAGAAGAAGUCGAUCGUUAUGGCUUCAUUCGCCCUGCAAAGAACUCCAAGGGUUCCGAUAUAAACCCGCUCCAGCGAGUUACAACUAGCCUUCUGUUAGCUUCUGAGACACCUCGCCGGAAACGUUCAAUUCGUCCACCAACCGCUCCAGCCAGUAACCGUUCUUUCAAUGGUGCGUCUCUAGUCCGCAAAAUAUCCCAAACUUCUAUGAGUGCGCGUCCAUCUUCAUCACAGAGCAACUAUGGUCCGCCAUUGCGCCGCUCGACAUCUCGUAUGCGUGCCGCUACCAAUCAUUUGCCUCACAACCGAGACCGAAAAGCCAAAGAUGAGGCGGCUGACAUGCUCACUCUACCCACUCCAUCUGGUGAGAAGGAAGGUGCACCACUUACUCGCGCGAUGCGAAGGAAGGAGUGGCGACGUGAGGACAAAUGGACCAAGAUGGCUAAGCCGACUAAGAAGACCAAGGACGGCGGCGGUAUGACCUUUGAGUUCGAUACUCAGAGCUCAAAGUUAAUCGAGCGAACUUGGAAAGGCAUUCCAGAUCGGUGGCGGUCAACGGCCUGGUACUCAUUCCUUGAAGCCAGUGCCCGGCGCCACAAAGGCAGCGCACCUGCGGACGAGCUCAUCGAAGCCUUCAAUGAACUCCAGUUCAUCUCAUCACCGGACGAUGUCCAGAUUGAUAUCGAUGUACCGCGAACUAUCUCCAGCCAUAUAAUGUUUCGGAGGCGCUAUCGGGGUGGCCAAAGACUAUUGUUCCGUGUCCUUCACGCCAUGUCACUAUAUUUCCCUGACACUGGCUACGUACAGGGAAUGGCAACUCUCGCGGCUACGUUACUAGCAUAUUACGAUGAGGAGCAUUCUUUUAUUAUGCUCGUCAGAUUGUGGCAGCUGCGAGGUCUGGAAGAGCUGUACAAAUCCGGCUUUGCUGGACUAAUGGAGGCCUUGGCCGACUUUGAACGAGAGUGGCUCGCCGGAGGUGAAGUGGCCACGAAACUGAACGAGGUCGGAAUCCCACCCACAGCCUACGGCACUCGCUGGUACCUCACACUUUUCAAUUACUCGAUCCCCUUCCCAGCUCAACUUCGGGUGUGGGAUGUCUUCAUGCUCCUUGGUGAUGCCGAAGACAACACUGGCCGCUCCGUAUCCUCCGGAUCGAAGAACAAAGUCCCCACUAAUGAUAACGUAAGGACAUUUGGCCAAGGCCUUGACGUCUUGCAUGCUUCAUCUGCUGCCCUUAUUGAUGGCAUGCGUGACAUCAUUCUCGAGUCCGACUUUGAGAAUAUCAUGAAAGUCCUCACCAGCUGGGUUCCCAUCAAAGACACUGAAUUGUUUAUGCGUGUCGCUAAAGCAGAGUGGAAAGUCCAUCAUCGCAGAAAAUCCCCUUAA